CCCCUCGUCUCUGAACCCGCAUGACGAAGUAGCGUUUGCCGGUGAGGAGCAACAUCACCAUCCAUUGACCUAUCACAAGGUUCGUAACCUGCAGCCAAGGCUUACUAAACUAUGGAGAUCCAACCCAACGACCGCCCGUCUCUCGCAGAUCGGCGUGUCAUUGAAAUCGCGCGCUUCGAAAGAAGCCCCUUUCCUUAACGGCAUCCAGAGACAAAAGUGACCCAACCAAGCUUUACAUCUGCAAGUCUCAAGGCCAGUCUUUCAAGAUGAACUUCACAACCAACCUCCUAACCAGCCACAAAACCCUCUACCGCGCCUCCACAACAGCGACCUUUCUCGCCGCCGCCGCGCGCGGCCAAGUGCCCAAACCGAUCCUCGGCCGCUGGCUCGCAAACGACAGGCUCUACAUCCACGCCUACAUCAAAGGCGCAGGGCGGUUCCUCGCUCUGCUGGACCUCCCGGAUGUCGUUGAGUCUUCUUCCCGUCACGAUGUCUCUGGUCACGACGCCGGUGACGAUACCUCAGCCCCUGAGACGAAACCCGUGACAGAAAGACUCCUCAGCUGGCUCAUCGACGCGCUCGUCAACGUCCGCCGCGAGGAGAAAUUCUUCAUCGACGUCGCCGCCCGCUUCGGUAUCGACGUCAACUUGCCCACUGGGUCCACUCCAGCUUCCGAGAGUGGCAGUCGUAGUGACCGGCGGGUGAAGGACGAAGACAAAAACGCAGGCCUCCUCGCCUUCGAACGCCUCUUCACCUCCAUCGCCACCACUCUCCCUCACGGUGUCCUUCUCCCCUGGCUCGCCCCCGCCGUCCUCUUCUGGGCGACAGAGAAGUGCUACCUCGAAGCGUGGUCCGGUGCCAAGGACAUGCUUCCUUCGUCUGGCUCUGCUACAUCUGCCUCUGGCACCUCUGGCCAAGACACAGACACCAACACCGACUUGGACGGCGGCGCCCUGCGAACAGAAUUCAUCCCCAACUGGAGCAGCCCGGCCUUCAGAGCCUUCGUAGACGAGCUAGCCGCCAUCAUUGACGACGGCGUCGACGACGCGGUCCGACUACACGGCGAGGAGGCCGUCAGGGACGAGCUGGAUCGGGCUCAGCGGACGUGGAGGGAGGUCCUACUGGCCGAGAAUGACUUCUGGCCUGGAGAGAUGGAGGAGGGUGGUUUGCGAAGGAUUCCCUCUGAUUAAAAGACGCCUACGUUCAUCGCAUAUGCUUCAGCAUCAUGACACGGCCU